UGUCAUCACCACAGUCCUGACUGGAGAAUCUCCUUUGCCCUGUACAAAGUGUGAGAGAAAGAAAGUGAAGGAGUUGUUUCAGUGUGUGGCUUCCAGAGGAUGAAAAGCUAGAUGCUACUUGGUUUACUGGAAAAACACAAGCGAGAAAGAGAAGAGAAAGAAACGGGUGGGGAAGAAGAGUGAAGCAUUGUAACAGCUGCCAGGGACUGUGACAGUGAGGGAACUACUUCACUUAGAGGAGUCUUCUUACCAUGGGGAAGUCAGCCUCCAGGCUUUUUUGUGAGGAGGUACUGAAGACUCAUAAUGAAUACAGGAGAAAACAUCAAGCCCCACCUUUAAAACUCAGCAGUAAACUGAGCCGUGAAGCAGCACGAUAUGCUGAGAGCCUUGCUAGCACCAGGAUUUUGAAGCACAGUGUUGAGUCUAGUAGAGGAAACUGUGGAGAAAAUUUAGCAUGGGCAUCUUAUGAUCAAACGGGUAAAGAUGUGUCAGAUCGCUGGUAUAAUGAAGUGAACCAGUACAACUUCAACCAGCCAGGAUUCUCCUCUGCAACUGGUCACUUCACUGCAAUGGUGUGGAAAAGCUCGAAGAAACUUGGUGUUGGUAAAGCUGUGGCCUCAGAUGGUUCUACCUUUGUAGUGGCACGUUAUUUCCCUGCCGGCAACAUUACCAAUCAGGGCCACUUCCAGGCCAAUGUCCUGCCCCCUAAAAGCUGAUCCAAAUGUAGCUGGACACAAUGAGAACGAAGGUAGGGAGGGGAACUGAAACAGGAUGGGGAACAGCUGAAAUCGGAGAGACUUUUACCUGGAGGACCAAACACAGUAAUUGUUGG